CAGGUGACAUGCAGUCUAAAUGACCUGGUGUAGUGAUUGGUGGUGUGCAGGUGACAUGCAGUCUAAAUGACCUGGUGUAGUGACUGGUGGUGUACAGGUUACAUGCAGUCUUAAUGAUCUGGUGUAGUGACUGGUGGUGUACAGGUGACAUGCAGUCUUAAUGACCUGGUGUAGUGACUGGUGGUGUACAGGUGACAUGCAGUCUAAAUGACCUGGAGUAGUGACUGGUGGUAUACAGGUGACAUGCAGUCUAAAUGACCUGGUGUAGUGACUGGUGGUGUACAGGUUACAUGCAGUCGUAAUGACUUGGUGUAGUGACUGGUGGUGUACAGGUGACAUGCAGUCUUAAUGACCUGGUGCAGUGACUGGUGGUAAACAGGUGACAUGCAGUCUUAAUGACCUGGUGUAGUGACUGGUGGUGUACAGAUGAUUUGGUUGCAGAGGUUGACAGUCAAUUAUCUAAGAAUUAAAGUGAACUGUCAACGAAUCUAAUGAAGCUAAGAACUUAUUAAAGUGAACUUUCAAAUAUUUUAAAUGAGCUAUCACGUCAUUUAUGUGAAAUAAUUAAAGUGAACUCUAACAAGAACUCAUAAAACUUUAAUGGAAGCUGGACACUGAGAAUAUUAUAUGACUGAAGGAUGCAGUGUGUUAUGAGAUCCAUUAUACUGCUUAUGGUUGUUCUUGUCCUGGUUAGCAGUAUGUUCUAUAUGUUCUUCAGUAAUGGAAGACCCUUACAGGUUGGGUCAAGGAUGGAGAGAGACUUAUGGUACAGGUUAUCAGGUCCUGUAUCAGCCAGGGACCCACACCUGCUGGAAGUCCUUAGGAGAGACUUCUUAGUCCCUCCCUCUCUCUUACCUUACAAUUUCUCCAACUCUUCAGAUCAGAUAGGCAAACAAGAUUUCACGUGGCCUUGGAUACACAGGCAUCUACAAGAAAUGUUUGGUGACCAGCGUGGAGGGUUCUUUGUGGAGGCCGGGGCGCUGAACGGUGUUUAUCUCUCAAAUACACUUUGGCUGGAGACUUCCUUGGAAUGGACAGGUCUUCUGGUGGAACCAGACAAGGAAAGCUACAAAGCUCUCAGCUUCAAGCACCGUAAAGCUUGGAGCUCGAACACUUGCCUUUCCUCUGAGCCAUACCCAAAGAAAACCAUCAUAGUUUCCCAUUACGUGUUGGAGAGGAACUCGUUUGAUAAGGCUUACUGGUGGUCGUUCCGCGGUCACAGUCAUGAACUGCGGCAGAGUUACCCAAACAAACUUCACACUGAGAAAACGAUGGAGAAAAGCUUUUCGUCUGUUCAGUGCUUCCCUCUGCUCUCCUACCUGUUGGCCCUGAACGUCUCUACUGUUGACCUCCUCUCAUUGGACGUUCAAGGCACAGAGGCACUCAUCCUGGACUCCUUCUUCAACACCAGCAGCGUCUCCGUCAGGGUCAUAGUAGCUGAGGAUGAGGAAGGUACGUUCAGUCACUCACACAUGGAGAAGAUGGGAUACAUCCUGGUGGCCUCACUGACAGACCACAUUUAUGUUAAGAAAGGAGACCAAAUACUCACCAGGGCAGUUGUCAAGGAGUGGACUGCCAAACUGAAGACAGACCGUAAGACCCCACAGAACUAAUAUUCCAUACCGGAAAUCAACCGGGUGACGUCACUCAAACAAGCCCACCACCUGUGACCUCACAAAAGAACACUGCCAGUGACCUUGUAAACACAAGACUAAUGAAACAAAUGAGACCCUCAAGUCAUAUCUAUGUUAAGGUGUGAUCAAUAUUAAUUACAAAAAUUUCA